AGCGGGAGGAAGGAAGGUAGGCCGGAGGUGAUUGAGAGAUGGUGGCGGUUGGACCAGGGAUUGGCAGCCGGGGAGAGGGGCGAUGUGACCGGGACACCGACGCAGGGCCGACCCGCCCUCAAACUCCCCGCGGCUCCACUGCCGAAAGCAAAGUACAAAUGAUUCAAGGUGGGCUGUUUCUGGGUUCUGUAACUGCAGCGGGGAUAUUGGCUGGCUUUGGCAUGACUCUAUCUAUGGCAAAAAAGAAAAGUCCUGGCUGGUUCAGUAAGGGACUAAACGCAACAGCAGCUGUUCCUGAGAGUGGAGCAUCUCUGGCCUUGAGAGCUCUGGGCUGGGGCUCACUCUAUGCCUGGUGUGGGGUUGGUCUGUUCAGCUUUGCAAUAUGGAAAGCUUUAGGAGUACACAGUAUGUUGGAAUUCAGACAAAAGAUGCAGUUGAUAUUCCCAGGGAUUCCAAAAAAUGAGCCUCAAGCCAAUGAGCAGUUCAGUUGGGAAAACGUACUGAAAUCAAAGUGAUGUACUGCUUAAGUGAAAUCGAUGCGUGCAGUCCCAGAGACACCUACCUACUAUGUGGGUCCUGUAACUCAGUGGUUAGAGCACUCGCCUCGCAAGUGAGAGGACCUGG